AUGAUCGGAAAUAUUGCAGAUUAUAUGCCUUGUUUAACAGUUGCUGAUAUAUUAAGUCAAUGGAAUAAGGAUAAAUUUGGUAUUUUGGCAUGCUUUGUUGCAAUAUUUGCCUUCGCAUAUUGGAUGACAUUAACACGAUGGCUUGCCGCAAAAUUGAAACCUUUGCUAUCACGAAGAAUUCGUUGUGAUGCAGUGGAUUCUCGAAUCGAAGUUUUAGCUUUGGAGGUGAGGCAAAUGAAAUCAGAGUUAUCUGCACUUUCACCAACAGCUGAAUUUGCUGCCUAUUUUAAAAAAGAACGAAUUAUGAAACAGAGAUUGGCUGAAUUGAAUGCUUUAAUUAUGGAACGCGAGAAAAAUUCUGGCAUAACAUACACAUUAUUAUUGAUUGCUAGCGGAAUAUUCGUGCAGUUGAUAGCUGUUUCGCUGAUGUUUUAUUCUCGUACUGUUAUAAUUGGGCAUAUUAAUUCCACGUAUUUUUGGCCAUUCAACUUUUUGCUCUAUGUUCCUAAUUUUUCAGCACCAGUGAAUGGUAAUGAUGAUGUUGAAGGGACACCCGUGACUCUUUUUGCAUUUCUAUCACUUGUAACAUUUGUUUGGAGAAAUGCAUUCUCAAGAGCAGGUAGUGGCACGAAAAUGAAGAUUUUAUGA